AAUGCCAUUUAAAAGAAUAUCAGAAACAGAGGCAAAAAAUGUUGAUCCAGGCCACUUUUUACAAUCAACCCUUCUUUGGACUCAAAAACCUCAUGUUGUAAACAGACGAUUAUUAGCUGCAGUUCAAAAGUUUACGCACGUGCAAUCCUUUCCUAAUAAUUGGCCUGAGCUGAUUUUACCCACACAUUUACAGUUUGCUAAUAAUGUGAAGAGACUGUUAGAGAAUGGGGAAGAUUUCAGUAAAGAUAUUUUCAGUUGUCUAACCGAUUCUAAGGAAUUAGAAAGUGAGCAGACCAACGUUACAAUUUAUCUCCGUUAUUCUAUGAUAAAAAAUCCUAUUAAGACGUUUGCUGUAUAUGAUGCUGUAUUUAACGAUGACGUCAAUAAUAUAUCUCUAACAGCAGUUCUAGUGAAAGAAGACGUCAAUCAUAAAUUAGAAGUAGAAAACGGACCUAUUUUCUAUAUUAAAUAUAAUGUUAAAGACAAUAUGCAAUUGUUUAUUAAUGAUGAUGAUGCUAAUUUAACAACGAAUGACGUGUAUAAUUCAUUCUGGUUGGAAAGCGUUCUAUUAAAGAAAGUUAGGAAUUGGAGCGAUAUUAAAGAUUUGAAUCUUAAUCAAACGUCGCUCAGAGAGGUAGAUAUACCUUUCUAUAAUGAAAUUUAUCAAAGACUCAAGCAAGAGUAUGGUUUGCCAUUAGCAAAAACAUGGACAGAAUGUACUGAUCCCCAAAAGUUUGUUUUUGAAGAUGUGGCUAUUGCUGCUUAUUUAAUCUGCCUUUGGAAGGCAGAUAAGGCUAAUAAAUUUGUUGAUCUUGGCUGUGGUAAUGGUUUAUUAGUAUAUAUCUUGAAUUCAGAGGGAUAUGAUGGUUAUGGGAUCGAUUUACAGUCGCGAAAUAUUUGGAAUCGAUUCCGACCUAAAGCCGACUUGAGAGAAUAUGCAAUGGAGCCGUCCACCGAAAUAUUUAUGGACGCAAAUUGGAUUAUUGGCAAUCACAGUGAUGAAUUAACGCCUUGGAUUCCCGUAAUUGCUUCUAGAUCAAAAUGCUCAUUUUUUCUUUUACCCUGUUGCGCAUUUGAUUUCUUUUCAAGAUUCCAAAGAAAAGGGAGGGAAAGAGAAAGUGUUUAUGAGGAGUAUACAAAAUAUCUUAUAAAUUUAUCGACAGCCAGCGGUUUCGAGGCCAAAGUAGACGUCUUGAGGAUUCCGUCAACCAAGAGAACUUGCUUAAUCGGUCGAAAAUGUACUUCGAUGGAUUAUUCUGCAAUUUCUGUAAAAAUUGAUAAUUUUAUAGAAAGUAGAAGAAAACUAUCAAAUGAAAAAGAAUUUACAGCUCGCAAAGAAGUGAAACGUCCGAUUUUGGAGAAAGAAACCAAAGAGUCAAUCGCAAUGACAAUAUUUAAUAAAUUACUGGAAAUUGAACCUGCAAACUAUGUUGACUUUCCAUCAAAACAAAAUUGGAUUUGCGGAGGAGAAUUAGAUUUGAAAGAUUGCGCCAGUUUAUUUGAUACGGACCAAUUGAACAAAUUAAAAAGUCAAGGUGGGGGUUUAGCGAGCGUACUUAAAGGUUUUACUCAAAUAUUUAGUAUAAUUAAGGGAAAAGUUCGCUUAAAGUUGCCUACAAACUGCAAUCAUAACGAAGACAAACGGAAAAGAAAAAAGGUCGAAAUAAAAAAAAAACUUUGUUGGUUUCAUUGUCAUCAUCCCAAUAAUUGUCCUUUGAAGACAGAAGAUUGCCCUUAUGCUCAUGGUUCUCAUGACUUAUUAAACAAAUAA